CACACACACACACACACACACAGGCUCCUGUCCCACGUCAACACACACCAUGUCCUCCAGUCGUCCUGCGGCCCACUUUGCCGAUCUUCCUGCCGAGCGCGUCAGCACUCUAGCUUCGCACCUGGCCCAGCCUGCCCGGCUGCCUGCCCCUGCGCGUGCCCCGGCCCAUCCGGACGAUGUGGUCAUCGUGAGCGCCGUGCGCACACCAAUCACCCGGGCUCGCAAGGGAAUGCUGAAGGACGCUUUCGCUGAGCAGAUGCUGGCCGCCGCUCUGGCCGGCUGCCUGGAGCGCUCGGGCUUGUCGCGCGAUCGUGUGCAUCUGGUGCAGGACAUCCAAGUCGGGACGGUCCUGCCUCCCGGUGGCGGGGCCACGGCCGCCCGGCAGGCGGCCCUCUACGCCGGGUUCCCCGUGUCCACCUCGGUGGCAACAUGUAAUCGCCAGUGCGCCAGUGGCCUGCAGGCCGUGGCCAACAUCGCAGCGGCCAUUCGCUCGGGCUUCAUCGACAUCGGCAUCGGUGCCGGUGUCGAGUCCAUGACCAUGCACUAUGGUCCUGGGGCCAUGCAGGAGUUUUGGGAGGGCGGCUUCGAUAGCUGUCCGCAGGCCGAGGACACUACCCUGCCGAUGGGCGAUACAUCGGAGAAUGUGGCCCGGGACUUCAACGUUUCCCGCCAAGAGCAAGACCGCUUUGCGUUGGCGUCACACCAGCGUGCCGCGGCGGCCCAAGCAGCCGGCCUCUUCCGGCAGGAGAUUGUCCCCGUCAUCUUCCAGGAUGCCAGUGGCCAAAAGGUCACCGUCUCUCAGGAUGAUGGCAUUCGCGGUGACACGACGGCCGCGGCGCUGGCCGCCCUGCGGCCGGCCUUCGCCGAGGAUGGAACCACCACCGCCGGGAACUCCUCGCAGGUGAGCGAUGGCGCGGCGGCCGUCAUGCUGGCCCGGCGCAGGGUCGCCAUCAAGAUCGGCCUGCCGAUCCUGGCCCGAUUCAUUGCCUUCCGCACGGUCGGUGUCGAGCCGCGCAUCAUGGGGAUCGGCCCCGUGGCUGCCAUUCCGGCGGUCUUGAAGCAGGCCGGCUUGAAUAAGGAUGACAUCGACAUCUACGAGAUCAAUGAGGCCUUUGCCUCGCAGGCGUGCUACACGGUGCGCGAGCUCCGUCUCAAUCCGGACAAGGUCAAUCCUCUGGGCGGUGCCAUUGCCCUGGGGCAUCCGCUUGGCUGCACUGGCGCCCGGCAAAUCGCCACCCUCCUGCCUCAGCUCCAGGCCCGGCGCCUGCGCUUCGGAUGCACGUCCAUGUGCGUGGGUACCGGCAUGGGCGCGGCCGCGGUCAUCGAGAAUGAGCUCCUGUGAGGAGGAGCACGAGGGGUUGCCCCAUGUUGGCAGAAAAGGCCACCAGGCAAACCGACCCCCCCCCCCCCCUCCCGC